GCGCGGCCCGCACCAUGGAGGCGCCCCCCGUUACCAUGAUGCCCGUCACGGGCGGCACCAUCAACAUGAUGGAGUACCUGCUCCAAGGAAGCGUUUUGGACCAGAGCCUGGAGAGCCUGCUGCACCGCCUGCGCGGCCUGUGCGACAACAUGGAGCCCGAGACCUUUCUGGACCACGAGAUGGUGUUCCUGCUGAAGGGGCAGCAGGCCAGCCCCUUCGUGCUGCGGGCGCGGCGGUCCAUGGACAAGAGCGGGAUGCCCUGGCAUUUGCGCUACCUGGGCCAGCCGGAGAUAGGCGACAAGAACCGCCACGCGCUGGUGCGCAACUGCGUAGACAUCGCUACUUCGGACAACCUGACGGACUUUCUGGUGGAGAUGGGCUUCCGCAUGGACCACGAGUUUGUGGCCAAAGGCCACGUGUUCCGCAAGGGCAUCAUGAAGAUCGUGGUGUACAAGAUCUUCCGCAUCCUAAUGCCGGGAAACACGGAGAGCAUUGAGCCGCUCUCCCUGUCCUACCUGGUGGAGCUCAAUGUGGUAGCCCCGGCAGGACAGGACGUCGUUUCUGAUGACAUGAGGAACUUUGCUGAGCAACUGAAGCCUCUGGUGCACCUGGAAAAAAUUGACCCCAAAAGGCUAAUGUGAUUGAAAAGCUGGGGAGUUAAGGCAUUGGUUUUGUUAGUGUUCCUGAACAGGGUGUUUUUCUAAAAUGCCUUUUGAGGGCAAAUCGACACAGGCAGAGGGGAGUAAAGGACUACUUAUCAGUGUUUUGUCAACUGCAAUUGCUGGGCGGUUUUUCCUUCACUUGUGAAUGUGAACAAAAGUGGGCGCUUCUUUAAAUUAAUGCCAUUCAAACCAUCAAUAAAUCCUAAUGUUGGUAGUUUUCCUUUUGCUGUUGGGGAGAUACCUGCUAGAAAGCAUAUUGCCUAACAAUCCAAAAACGUCAGACUUACUGGAAUUCAUCAUUCUGUGUACCCACAUUCCGGUGUGCCUUGCUUGCCUUUUUCUUUUAAUGCACCAUUUGUGUAUCCUACCCAGUCAUCCUUUUUUCUUUUAAGUAAUACAUAAAGUUAAUAUCUUUUAAUGCAGGAGGUAUUGUUUAACACAAGCAUAAACCCAGGAACUACACAGUAUAAAAAACCAAGUGUACACCUAUUUACAAUAGAAUAGUGAAGUAAUAGUAUGUGUAACAGGAACAGCUAGGAAACAGGAUACUUUAGUGAAACUGUUUCUGAUAUAACCAAAGUU